UUCUUCAAGGGUGAAAAGAAAGUGCAGACCUGGGAUUUUUGAGAGACUAGGAAGCUAUACUAUUUACACUAAUCAGAACUCUCCUUUUAUUAAAGGUGAUUCAACAUUUUCAUGGACGAGGGAUUCCUUUACCGGAACAGUAUAUCCGAUCUGAGGUCUUUAUUGUGGUCAGAGGUUGCCAAGAGGGUUUUACACACACGUCACUGAGUUAUUUAAAUCUUCAAUGAGACAAGACUUACUCUAGAAUAACCACAAUUUACACUACCGCAAUCGAGAGGAAAUAUUGUGUCAUCUCGCACUUAUAAUGAAUCCGCCGCAAACAGAGGGCGAACCGAAGAGAAAGAGGUUAGAGUUUUCUAUCUCUAGUGACGGGUCGGGGGAGACAGAAUACAGCCAGGGGUAUUAUACCGAGGAGGCACGGGACAGUCUCACAGAACUUAUCCCCAAAAUGAACAGAACACCAAGUUGUAUUUCAACUUUUACGCAAUGUGCCAAUCAGCAGAAACUAGACGAUCUUUACAAGUCCUACACAAAAUUGAAGAUUUAUUUCUGCGUAUUGUGUGUUGUUAACGUCAUUAUCAUCCUUCUCGUGUGUAUCUUUUUCGCUGUCUUUUUCAUGCGUUUCUCAAAUGACAGUAAAGGCUUAGACAAUGUGUUCUCAACUCCUCAGCGAAAUGAAAAUGAUAUGAAACCCGGUAAAGCAGAAGCUCGUCACCAAGUAUUCCCGCUUCAAGAGAAAAAGCAAGAAACCAAAAUCAGGUGCUCUAUCCUCAAGCACAAACUAAAUGCUUCAAACUAUGACAGCGAAGAUAUGUGCUCACUUGAGGAAAUGGUCGAUUCGAUUGCCAAAUUUCUGAAGCCAAGAGAGUACAACGAUGUCUUGCAUUUGACUGAAGGCACGCCACAAACAGAUGGUUCAGAUUGCUUCCUGAAGCAAUGGAUAAAAGAUAAAGACAGUUCUUCUCCCAUUUCGUCGGGCCUGAGUUUCAACAGUGAACGAGGGACCAUUAUCAUCCCGUCCAGCGGGUAUUACUAUGUAUACAGUCGUAUUACAUUCAAAUACAACUCUACACUCGACGAAGAACAGAGGCAACUUUUGCAGUUGAAAGACAUCAAGCAUACCAUAGAAAAAAGUCGAAAUAUGUCGAGCAAAUACAAAUCUGUACAAUCUACGUCAGUCCAGUGCACUAAAACAUCCUUUGUCCACAGUAGUUUCCUUCAGAGAGUGGUAUAUUUGGAGAAGGGUGAUGAGCUCCGAGUGAAAAUGUCCGACACGGGAAAGCUUCAGUACGACGAGAAAUACAAGCAUGAAAAUUAUUUUGGGGUCUUCAAAUUAUGACUGCAGAGGCAGACACGGAAGUUUUGAACCUCCUUGUAUCCUUGUUGUCUAAAUAAGGAACGCUUUCUCUUAAAUGAAAAACAUACUCAACUCUGGCUGUUUGCAGUUCGAGGAAAGCAAGCCGAGUAUGGAAGAAUACCGUCAUGUUCUCAGCAUGGCAUUUUCAGGCACGUAAAUCCACGUGCAUUGAACAAUAUCUGUGAUAAAACACUUUAUGUCAGUUUCUGUGACAAACUCUAUGUGCCAAAAACUGUCGACCAUAAAAUGGUCGCUCAAGACGAGACAAAACGCUGCAAGAGAAUUAAAAGUGCCAGUAUUAUAAUUGCAUAAGAUAUAUGUUUGUACUUUCAAUAUUCAACCUUAAUCUCUUGAGUGGACGUUUAACUUUGUAUGUAAGCUUUGCAAUACAUUUUACUUCGCUUGAAUUGAGGUACAUCAAAUGUAAAAAUAUCAUUGCUUCCAUGUAUGAAUAUUAACUAUGUACACCAUCCAUAAACAUGUAACCCGUCCUAUGUAUUGUGAUGUUUCUUCAUUUUAUUAGUUAAAAUGAUUCAUGAUAUAAUAAUGGGUAUUUACUGUAUUUGAAAUAUUUUAAUUAACUUUCAAAAAGCUUCCAUAUGUUUACAUGAAUUCUCCAAAAAAUAUGUAUAUGCAUAUAUAUAAUUGUAUAUUUUAAAAUUGAUAAUGAAAAAUAUAAAAGCACAGCAUUGUGAAACACGGAAAAAUCGUGAAUAAGUCACCACAAUUGCAAACCUUACCAAGAUCAACCCAGUUUCUUUUACUAGUCAUUAGACUCGGAGUGCACACAGUGUAAUUUAAAUGCUCAAUUUAUCUGUUCUUUUCAUUAAUUGAUCUCAGUUGUACAAUGUGUGUCAGAUACAAAAUGGCUUCUUUAAUUCAUCGCUAUUUAGAUGUAUAUCUUUAUGUUUUAAUGUAUGCAUACAUUCAUGGUCAUUGAAUUGAUAUAAUAUACCGGUAUUUGUUAUAUUGUUUUAAUGUAUGCAUAUAUUCAUGUUCACUGAAUCGAAAUAAUGUACCUGUAUUUGUUAUAUAAAAUAUUACCGAUAAUAUGGUUGCAAAUAUAA